AUGAGUUAUUAUUCUCUCAUUUGUGUAUUUUGUAUUCUAAUUUAUUCAUCACCACUUGUAAUUGUAAUCAAUAGUAGGGUUAUCUUUAAGACUAUCUUGGUCCAGAUGAAAAAGAUACAGAUUAUGCAACCAGCUGUAUCCUAUUCAGCGAGCAGACCUUUGUAUCAUAGGUACUCUGAAUUCAAUGAUAUCGGAGCACUACUAUCGACAGAGGAAUCGACCAAUCUACUCAAAUACAAGUUUGCACGUGGUGAUACAAGUAAACUUACUUUUGAACCAACCCAACGAUUCUACUAUAUAUUAUUUCAUGCCGAACUAUCACUGCAACUCAAGAUUAUCGACUUUUUGGGCGAGGCUAUAUAUGAUCCCAAUGCAUUCCAUUACAUGUCAUCGUUUAAAAUGCACCACCAAGUGUACAUCAAAUUCUUGGACUAUUUCAGAGACAAAAAGGACAAGGUGACGUAUAUGGGGUCGGCCAUUCUCGCAAGAAACCCUGUCACCCCCGUCGAGGUAUACCAGUCUUUGUUGGGACCAAACAAAUCAUUGUUGUCCCAUUUCCCAUUCCCAGACGCAUUCUUUAUGGUGGCUACCAAAGAACUAGUCGAACAAGUCAAAUGGUCGGAGCAAGCAACCAGACUAUUUGAAAGGAGUAGGAUUGAAAAGAUGUUGGAAAAGUUUACCUUUUUGGCUGAUAUUGGUCAAAACGAUUAUGUGACACUGGUGGUAGAGUCGGUCACUCUUGUCUACAACGAUAAUCAUAGUUAUCGUUUUGUACCAUUUAAUCUUGAACAAAAGAGAACAGAGUAUGGUAAUCAAUUGGGAUCGACAUCAUUGGAAAAGAUUGAUUUGUUGGUACUGCUGGAUUUGUGUAGUUUGUAUGGUAUAACACAGCUUCCAAUACAAGGGUUAAUGCGUGCAGUGUAUACACUCGACGAUAUCAAGUUGCUUUGUAUCGUGUUGGAUCAUCCAAUCGUACGAUCAAAUAGAGGACCCCUCAUAGAGUACUCUAGUCACACCACGGGAUUAGAAACAUUCAAACAAAUGUCUACUAUUCCCAAACUACGAGAAAAACUAUUCAACUAUGCAGCCAACACACUUGAAAAAGUAAAGUUUAUGCAUAUAGAGAUGGAGUAUGAAUUCACUGCCUCCUCACUAUCGACCGUUUGCAAAUGGAAAAACAGAGAGAUGUUUUAUUAUGUUCUCGAGAAUAUUGCAGACAAGUCGCCGGCAUUCCUCAACACACAUGUCGAUAAUAUAUACCAAGUCUUGCAAGGACGACAUACCCAACCCACAGCCGAAGAGCGUGUUGGUCAUAUCGACCUCAUCGAACAUUUGGUUGAAAAGAGGUAUCUCACACUCGUUCCAAAAUAUUAUGCGUGCUAUCCACUUGUCCAAAGCAAACGACUCCGAACAUUGUGUCUAGACCACCUCUCCAAUCUCACGGGCGACGAGUUCUACACCAAGAUACUACCAACCAUUAUAUCACAGGCAUCGACACUUGGUAUGAUCGACACGGUUCAAGAUAUCGUUGAAACCAACUGGCCAGCACUUCAAAUUACAACCAACAAGUCACUUGCUCGUGUAUGUCUUAAUUCAUUGACUGGUAAUUCCCCCAAUACUCAUCACUUGAUUAUUAAAAUGCUUGAUGUGGUUGAUAUCACUCCAGUGGAGCUACUUCAGGUGGUUUCAAGAGGUGGAGGAGUAAAGGUAAUCCUUUACCUAUUGGACAAACACCUUGGCAAGGAAAUCAACGAACUAUACACAGUCGAUAUGUUAAACAAGCUAAUUAACAAUGGACACCUCGAUGGAUUUAUUCAAGUAAUGAAAUACCUCCAUGAAAAAAAGAAAGAGUAUGACGGAUUACUCCAUCGAUUGGUCAAUAAGAUUGAUAUCCGUGAUGCAUUUAAAGCAGGUCAUCACAAUGUCAUCCAUUACUACAUGCGUCUCCAUUAUCUAUACAAAGAUGCUGGUCAUCGUCGUCGAUUCUACAUCAAUGUGUUCAAAGUCAAAAGUCUUAGGAGAAUGAUCAGUAUUCUCGUUGAAGCAAAUGAAUUUAUUUUAAUCCAAGAUCUCAUCGACAAGUAUGACCAACGUGCCAACAUCACUGCAAUCAUCCAAAAACCACAUCCCCGUAGCCAAAGAUUAAACAGUCAACAUCCACAAAGAUUCCUUAGAUAUUCUAAAUUAAUAAAGUUGAUUCACUAA